AAAUUGCAGCUCUGCAUUUUCCUGUACUCAAACCGAAGCGCCCUCCUUUACCUCGUCGACCAUCAUUCGCAUCUAACUUCAUUGUAGCGGAUUGCACGUUUCGUGUCUUCAAGACUUAAAAUGCGUUACGUCGCCGCUUACCUACUUGCUGCUUUGGGAGGCAAUGAAGCCCCAACUGCUGAGAACAUCGAGAAGAUCUUGAGCUCUGUUGGUAUUGAAGCUGAAGCUGACAAGCUCAGUAAAGUGAUUGCUGAACUCAAGGGAAAGAACCUCCAAACCUUGAUGGCUGAAGGGCAAGCCAAACUUGCUUCCAUGCCAGCUGGUGGUGGUGCCGCCCCUGCUGCCGUCGCCGCUGCACCGGCCGGUGGAGCUGCCCCAGCCAAGGCUGAGGAAAAGAAGAAAGAGGAGAAGAAAGAAGAAUCCGAAGAAGAGGAUGAUGACAUGGGCUUUGGUCUCUUUGACUAAACCCUUCAUUUCAGUGUUUCUGACUGUUAACAACUGUGGGAAAUACAUUUUGAAAUGUCCAUAA